AUGCUCGUGGAAGGGUACGGCGGCGGUCAAUUCGAGGGCGGCGCGGGCUGGGCUGGCGCGCCCUACGACGUCACCGUGACCCGUAGUGAGGGCGAGGGCUUCGGCUUCGUCGUCAUAUCGUCCACCAACAAGGCCACCAGCACUAUAGGUCAACUGAUCCCCAACUCGCCUGCCUCCCGCUGCGGUCUCCUCCACGUGGGCGAUACCAUAGUGGCCAUCAACCACGUGGCCAUCCGCAACCUACCGCAUCCAGAGGUGGUGGCCCUGAUCAAGCACUCGGGGCCGGCCGUCACGCUUACGGUGCUCCCGCCGCGCGCGCGCCAGGACUGAUACUGGUUCGCCGCCCGCGGCGGGAGGCGGUACGUCAUGGUUGUCAAGUGCUUCGUGGCCGAGGAGUUUUAGUGACGUGACAGUGACGUGGCUGAGGAGUUUUAGUGGUGUGACAGUGAUAUAAUGAUAACUGGAAGAUUUUGACGUGACUUUGGUGGAAAUCAUUGAAGAGGUCACUCUGGGCCGUAAUAUCCCAGACCUGUAGGCCUAGGAUGAGCGCCAUUUUAUCGAUUUUAUGCGAUAGGACCAUGCACUUAUCGUCUAAAAAUCAUCGAUAAGAUUUAUCAAGGCGCGCGACCAAAAGAAAAUUGGGGUGAAAAGACGAUUGAUAGCAGAGUUUAUGUUGGUAAGUGUUAUGAUACCAUUUUUAGUCAAUUAGUAUCAUCGUUGACUGUUCUUUAACUUAUGUAGGCCACUCCCCUUACCACAAAAAGUUCUUGACAUCUCCAUAGUAAACCACGAUAGGCCCGCAAGCUACCUGAUACCUCACUAGUAAAUUUCCAAGGAUGGCCCGUGACCUACCUAAUACCUCACUCUGUGGUGUCCCUGAUCAAGCACUCGGGGCCGGCCGUCACUCUCACGGUGCUCCCGCCGCGCGCGCGCCAGGACUGAUACUGGUUCGCCGCCCGCGGCGGGAGGCGGUACGUCAUGGUCGUCAAGUGCUUCGUGGCCGAGGAGUUUUAGUGAUGACAGUGACGUGGCUGAGGAGUUUUGGUCGCGUGACAGUGACGUGGCUGAGGAGUUUUAGUGGUGUGACAGUGAUAUAGUGAUAACUGGAAGAUUUUGACGCGACUUUGACAGAAUUCGUGGCGGAGGUCACUGUGAGGGUCAUAAUAUCCCAGACCUGUAGACCAAGUGCUUCGUGGCUGAGGAGUUUUAGUGCUGUGACAGUGAUAGUGAUAACUGGAAGGUAUUAAUGUGACUUCAUUGGGGAGGUCACUGUGUGUGCCGCAAUAUUUCAGACCUGCAGGCCUAGCAUGAGCGCCGUAAUAAGCUUUUAUCGCGCCAUUUUUUCGAUUUUGCGCGAUAGGCCCAUACAUUUGUCGUCUAAAAUUAUCGAUAAGAUUUUAUCAAAGCGCGCAUCCUAGCUUGGCUGGCUAGAAAAAGAUUGGUUGCUGAAGAAA